GUCAUUCAUUGGCGCGCUGAGUGUCUACUGAGAUGUGUUGUUUCGUGAAAAAUAUUCCUCUUUUCUGACUUGUCUAUUUAAAUUGCAAACCUACAAAGGGCGAAGUAAUGUGGAUAUUGACACCACUGCAGUCUGGAGGUGAGACCCACUACCUCCUCCCUGGAAGGGACUAUGUGGUGGGGCGCAAGAACUGUGACAUCCUUCUUCCCAAUGACCAAUCCAUCAGUAGGGCUCAUGCUAAGCUCACAGUUGCUGACCAGAACCUGACUCUUAACGACACCUCCAAGUACGGCACAUUUGUCAACAACCAGCGUCUAACAGCACCUGUGAACCUGAAGUCAGGAGAUGAUGUUACAUUUGGUGUUUUUCAUAGCAAAUUCAGUGUGUUUCAUCAGAAGCCCGUUGUGUGUUCAUCAUGUUUGGACAGCACGGGGAAGGGGGCACUCUCUCAGGCCCUGGUAGCUUUAGGUGGAAAGCUUGUUAAUGCCUGGACUAAGGAAUGCACCCACCUGGCCAUGCCCAGUGUUAAAGUCACCGUAAAGACAAUUUCUGCUCUGCUGUGUUGUUGUCCCAUCGUAAAGCCAGAGUUCUUCUCAGAACUCAACAACGCCUAUCAGCAAAAGCUACCGCCUCCUAAAGCUGAGAGUUUUGUCCCUGAGAUCGAUGAGCCCAGCUUGAAUAAAGAUGAGGUUAACCUUGGAGCGAUGCCAGUUCGCAAACAGCUUUUCACUGGAAAGACCUUCAUUUUCCUCAGCACCAAACAGUUAAAACGCCUGAGUGGAGCGGUGAGUUUUGGAGGUGGCAGGAGUCAGCUGCUGGAGGAGGGCUCCCUGCCCUGUGACCUACUGGAGUCUCCACACAGCUGUGUGGUCGAUGUUCUAACAGGCAGUUCCCAAACUCUGCUUCCUCCCUCCUCUGUAGAGUGGGCAGACUCUGUGAAAAGCAUCCUGCAAAGAAAAGGCCUUCGAGUGAUCACAGAGUCUGAAAUUGGUUUGGCUGCCAUCUAUGCAUCCUGUGACAAGUACUGCAAUCCAUCCUGUGUAAACUCAGAUUCUGACCAAAAAUUAAAACCCAGAAUCCCAAGUGCUUCGCUGUCACAGAGCGUGGCUGUGGAUGAGACUGUGUUACCUGCAGCUUCUCAGAACAUUACAGCUUAUGCAGUCAACACAGAGCCAUCACAAAGGUAUAGACAAGCACCCACUAACCCUCACCUCCCUGUGAAUAAAUUCAGGACUUUGCAAUCUUCUGUUGUCAGGAUGGAGGUUUGCGAGGCGAGUGGAGUGGUAGCAGUCGGGGAAACCCCUGAGAAGAAGCAAAACCACAACUACAGACAGUCUCAUGGAUCCAAACUUACAGAUCAAAGUACGACCACCCCGAGCGUUGUGGCCGAUACAAUGAGCUCAUCUUUCAAUAUUGCAGACAGCAAAGACUCACAGAGGAAGAAAACUGACUCCAAAGCAACAGGUGGAGGAGGUACUUAUGUUAGAUCCCAGCCAUCUACACCCAAGACCAAUGGUGGCACAAAGACAUCCCUUUAUAAACAAUCUCCUCAGAAAGCUAAAAUCUCUGCACAAACUUCCCCGCAAAAACAAUCAACUCUGACCAAUUUCUUUCAGCCUGUCCACAAGAAAAGACCUUUGGAGGAUCAGCUUUCAGCUGUCAUGUCCGAACCCAAGCGACCAACACCAGAAUCAUCCAUCACUGUUCAGGCAUCGAACACAGAAACCAAACCCAAAGAAGUGCCUCCGCUUUCUCUCCGCGGCCCUCAAACUGUGUCCCAGACUCCACUCGAGUCUCCGGCUGAUUUGUUUGUAGGACGAUCAGAGGCCCCUUCAGAGGAACCACAGAGUAGAAAGAGGAAGGAGAUAGAAGAAGAGAUAAAGAUAGAAGAACUGGAGUAUAUUAUGUCUGAGGAUAUGCACGACUUUGAUGAGAAACCUUCAAGUAACCAAGGCCAGCAAGAGGAGCUAACGAUGCACAGUUCAAGUAAACAAAAACAAGACUUGCAUAGUAUCGUCUCUUCAUCCUCAAGCAAGAGGCAGCGGGUCUACCAAGAAGAAAAAGUGAUUAGCCAAGAAAGGCCGAAACUGGCCUUGAAAAAGGAAUCAAGUUUCAGCAAGAAUCUCAGCACGCAAUCAGGACCACCUGUUGUCUCUGUUAAGACGAAGCAGCUUCAUCCAGCAGACUUCAUGACAACAAAUAACGAGUCAAACAAACCUCCUGAGAUGCCUUUUGCCAGUACAAGUAAGAACAUGAAGGCUGUUGAAGAUGACCAGGCAUCUUUCAUUGAGGAUGUGGAGCUACUGGAAGUAGAUCUUUGCCAGGAAAAAGACGAGACAAAGACCUCUGUGAAACCAGUUGUGGUCAAGCAGGAGGUUCAGGAGUCAGUAAUUGACGAAGGCCUCCCUAAUAAGCUGGUGUUGGUGGAGUUUAGAUCUCUCACAGUUUCAGCUCCUCAUAAAAUCAAACCAAAACAAGUGCAGGAGAACAGACACGUCAAGAACUUCAAAUGUUUCCGCAAGAAACGCGUUCCAGGUGCAGAAGGUUUCCCACCCGUCAUCAGAGGAUCUGAUCUGCUGGUUCACAACAGGGGCAAAAACUCAGAUAUGGAUGAAUGGUUGCAAAAUGCUGCUGAGGAGGAGCGUCAAAACAGGCGGGACGAGUCAAUAGGAGAUGACCUGUUUAGGUACAACCCUACCAAACAAACCAAGAGAAGAUGAAAUGCCUUCAUCUUGACAUCCUCCAGAGUGAAUUCAUCUCACAGGACGUAUGUGAAACCCUGUUUGAAAGGACUAGAAAUAACCCGUUACAUUUCUCUGAUUUGUGCAUUUCGGCUAUAAUGCUUUGAUUUGCUGUUCUUCCUAUAAAUAUAUUCCUACUCUUCUCUAACGGAGCCACUGACAGCUUGCAAUGUAACAGAACAAUCUUGUGUUCAGAGAUUUUUCUCAAAGAUUUUAUUUGUUGUUAAUAAAAAAUAUACCAUACAAAACAUUAUAAACUUUUCAGUUGUACAAGAGAGUUUUAAAACUCUACAUGGUCAAAGCAGCUAUUCAUUUAGGUUGAAGUCAACACCCAGUAUGUUCCCUGUUUUCAGUAGAAUUACAGACCAAUGUGGGAUUCAAGCAUCACUAUUUCUUCUAUCAAUCUUCAGUGAGUCAACCCUUCAGGCACUUUUCCUGUUCAGAUAAGAAGUAAUCAUGCCAAAUAUCUCUUGGCCUUUUUAUACUAUAUAUAUAAACAGAUAGUUGAAGCUCACCCGCCCCUUCAUAUUCACAGAAGGUGCCGUGUCCAAGUUCAGAGUUAACAAGUUAGCAUUCAGCGUCAGUUGUGCAGUAAAAUAAAAUAGCUUUUUUCAUGGGCUACAGGGUGGCCAAGGGAGUCAGGAGACUGGCUUUAAAUGCCUUUUUUCCCUAAUUUGCAAUGGAAUUAUUCAGCUUAAGAUUUAACUACUUGCUUACUAAAAUCCAUUCAUAUCUUUACUAAAAUGCUGAGGACAAAUGAAAAUCAUGCUAUUGAAGCAGUAUUUCUCAACAGGAUUCCACACCUUGUUUUUUUUUUCUUUUUUUCUUUAAGUAAAUUAAACAUAAUUAAAAAGUCCCACUUUUGAGUCAUGCCAUCCCCCUUUACAGUUCACCAAUCUAAUGCAUCUCAUAUCUCUCCUUGUAGGACUUUUAGCAUGCUUCCAGGCAAUGGUUCAUGCCUGCAGACAUAUGUUUAAUAUUCUAACUUUAUAUGAUGACCAAAAUCUAAACAGUAAUGAAUAAAAGUAUUUUGUUAGUGGAAAAAAGUCAGGACUACACAACAUGUUAUUUAAUAAUGCAUAUCCACAUCUCUGGCUCAUAUAAUGUUGAAGCUGGCAAAAUAAGAUAGAAAUGUCAAAUCACAAUAAACAUAACAUGAGCUGUGUGUGAGCGGCACACAGAAAAUAAUGAGUGUAGCAUCACUGAGUUAAAGAUACUGAUUAUAAAGCUGAAGGGAGGAAAAGUGGAACGGGAAAAUGGAUUGUGAUGUCAGCUUUGCCACCUUCCCAAGUUGUGGCUGUUUACGGUUCAGUUGUUUUAAACAUGGCAGAUAACAGAGAUACAUGAGUAGAACUGGGCAUGAAGACACACAAAGAGUUCUGCGAGUCAGACUUGCAAAAUCACCUGUGAAUGUUUGGCCGAUUUGAUGCAUCUAAAAAAACAAAAACAAGAUUACAUAUGCUUCACUUUGUUAGUAAAAACUUAUUACAUGACUGCAACGAAAGUUCAGCAUAAAUAGAUGUUAGAUGAUAAAAUUUUGUUAUGUUACUAAGAUCUAUGUUGAUUUAAAACAAAGGAAAAAAGAAAAGACUGCAUGGUUCAUUGAAAUGGUAUUUUGUUUUGGUUUUCAAUUCAUUUCAUUGUUUUGGUUUUUCAUUUUUUCAUGUAUUUAAAACCUCAUUGUCGAGUCUGUUUAUGUGGGUUUAGAUUUAUCUGAGCUGGCACUGAUUCUGUCUAAAAUUAGUGCUCAUUGUUAACAUCUAGAUUGUUCGUUUCUUUUUCUGUGCAAUGAGUAAUUGGUAAUUAUUUGCAAAGACAAAAGUUUAAGAGUUGUGCACAUGUUUAUUGUUUUAAUGUAUUUUCUAUAAAUCCCAUUGCAUUCAGACUCUGCUUUGGUCACUGCACAUCUUUAUAUUGUCUGCAUUUAUUAUUAUAGUAUAAAUAAAUUUAAAGCAUUGAU